AAAAAGUGAAAAUGGAUUUUUUUGAUAUCGAUGCCGCAUUUGAACAAUUUGAACAAAUGGAGACAAACUCUUACAAAAUCAUGUCAAUGGAACAACUCUUAGAAAUUUUUGGGUGCAAACUUGAAGGAAAAUAAAUUUAAAAGGCAAAUAUUUAAGAACAACCAUCAGCAAUCAGAAGAGGAAUAUGAGAUUUUGUUUAACUGGGAAGAAGAGACUGGGGACCGAGGAGGCACAACUGUUGGCCUCAGCAAAGAUUUGAAUAAUAAUGUGUUUAGGAUAAGGACCGCAGAGGAUCUGAGGCUGAAUUAUGCCUUUAAGAAUCAGAGAACUCUACAGAAGAAUUAUAGCCAUGCAGACUCUUUGAGAAAUAUGAUGGGUAGUAAUGUGCUUAAUACUGAACUUACCUAUGAACAGCUUAGUCGAGUUAUUCAGACUAUAAAGCAAGAUGCUCCGAAUAGAAAACAUAUCGCAUUUUGAUUUGCAUCUCCUCUUACUAAGCCUAAGUCAGCCAUCAGUAAGAAUAGGGAUUUAGAUCAGUUGAAAUUUAAAGAGGAGUUUCAGGAUAUACAAAAUUCAUUAAAAGAAACUGGGAAAAGUAUAAAAUUUUUCAAAUGAGUGGCUACCUACACCAACUUCGGAGAUAUGCUUGCUAACAAUCCUUACGUGUUACACUUCUCAGGGCAUGGCGUCACCACCCAUUUCGAGCUGCUAAAUAACCAAAAGCCAGAAAAUGGCCAUAAUGGUGAUUAUUUAAUCAUUGAGGAUGAGUACUGAGGAGGAUACGAAAUGAACUGUAACAUGCUCAAAAGUUUACUUGAGAAGGCGAAGAUCAACAUCAACGUCGCAGUCGUCUUAUCCUGCCACUCACAGUUCAUUGGCGAGAUGUUCCUCAAAGCAGGUGUUGAGCAUGUCAUCUGUGUUGGCAGUAAAUACAAAGUCCAGGAUAAUGCCUGCAUUAAGUUUGCAAAAGCUUUUUAUAAAGGGCUGUUCGACGCUGGGUCAAAAACUGUAUGAGAAGCAUUCGAGUUAGCCAAAAGUAUGGUAAGAAUGCAGUUUGGAAGAGACGGAAUUCAGAAGGAGGAAAACAAAUUCAAAUGCCUUCAUAAGCAUCAGAAUGAAAGUGACUGUAGGCCGAUUGAUAUAGUCAUUCAGAAUGGAAAUGUUGUAGACUGAUCAAAUAAGAGUCAGGUAAAAAGACUCCCUUUUAGAACCAGUGAGAUCUUAGGAAGGCAUUCUGACUGCUCAAAGAUCAUUAAAUCUCUUCUCUCGCAUUCUAUUGUUUGGAUUGAAGGAAGGAAAGGGAUUGGAAAGUCUGCUACUGUUAAAGAAAUUUCUCAUUUGAUAUUUGAGAGAGAUGUCUUUGAAGAUGGAGUAAUCUAUAUGCCGCUAAGAGACUGAGACUUUCUUGAAAACCUAAUUGAACAGAUGUUUAUCUAUCUCGCUCAAAGCUUCACUUCUCCAAAGGCUAAGAAAGAUCUUGAAACCUUCUCAUCUAAUGAAGUGAGUGAAAAGUAUAACAAGUGUAUAACAAUGAUCUCAAACUUAAAAUUAUUGAUAAUUUUUGAUGAUUGAGAUCCUAUUAUUCAUAACGAGUUGGGAGAAUUUCAAAAGUUGAUUGAGGAUUUUGCACAGAGAGUGCAAAAUUCCACACUCCUUUUCACCUCCAAAGUAGCUAUAGAUGGGCUCGAAAGAUACAAUUAUGAAAUUAUUCGCUUACAGCCUCUUCCUGAAAUGAGUAUCUUUGAUCUCCUUCUGAAGAAAGUGAAGUCUAAAGAAAAUUUCAAAAAUGAGCUGUUAGAGCUUCAAAAUAAGACCCGUAAAGAGUCUCAGAAGACGAAUGAGAUCAACCUAGAGCACGACAUUUUUAGGAUUCUGAACGGGAACCCUCUUUCCGCAAUUCUAGUGGCAAGUUUAUACCAAGAUGCCUCAAUUAGUGAGAUUUAUAAGACACUUACCAUUUUUAAGAGAGAAGAAAGAACAAGUGCGGAUAUGGAAGAGACUAUCUUCUCUCUAAACCUGAAGAAUUCCAUGAAAUUUGUAAAGAAACUCUCAGCUAUCUCAUACCAAAUCAUUCUGGCUUUCGCAUUAUCCCCCAGUGGGCUUUCAAGGACUGAUCUGAGGGGAAUGUUCCAGUAUCAGGAGAAAGACUUAAAAAUUAUUCAAGAGAGGGAGUUCAGUCUCUCAAGGAGUAAGAACACCGACCAUUCUGAGCCAUCAUUCUGUAUGGAGAUGUCAAUAAUGGAUUCAAUCCGGAAAUUAGCGGACAUAAAAGAUUUGGAAAAGAUUGAUAAGAUCAUUGUUGAGCAUAUUGUGAAAGAUCUCAUGCAUCAGAUUGGUAAUGCUACUACUAGUCCUCAAAGUGAGAAAUACUUCAUCAUCAAUUUUGAGGGAAAUAUCUGGGCAGCAUUAUCACGAAUGAAGAACAAAUUUGAGAGAGACCAGCAGACAUUGAACCCUCUCUCUAAUCUUACUAAUAAGGAUGGUAUCACGUUCAAUAUGCUUGGGAAUGGAAUAAUCAAGUACAUUCAGAAUAAGGAUUUGAUCUCAAAGGCCAAGAAUAUGGUAUAUAGAGCCAAGAAAGGGAACUACAUGUCAAAGAAAUCUCAGCUAAUGGAUAAAUGCUUCUUUGCUAAGAGCAAUAAAAUAGAUUUUGGUGAUUCUUUAACCUCAAAUGCACUCUCAGCUAAGAAAGGCAGAGAGGCUAAGAACCGGAACCUUCUCAGAACUUUCGCAAAGAACUUGUUGAAUGAAGAAGAACAAGAAGAAGCUAAGAAGUUAGCUGAGAAAUAUGGAUUUAAGGCCGAUAAUACAUCAAAAGUGCUUCAUACUAGAUCAAAGUUGUUAGAAGUGUCUCAAGAAGAGUCCAAGGAUGAUUCUCGACAAAUUGACAAAGGCUUCAGCCAGUCUGAAAGUUCAUCCACCUCUGGAGAAUUCGAGAGAGAUACUGAUGAAGUAGUUAAUAUUUCAAGUGGGCUUAAAGUUGUUAUUGAGAAUACUCCAACAGAAGAAAAUGUAACUGACACAAAGACGAACCCAAAUGAUUCUAGCAAAAAGAAGAGCUUCAGUGCUGUUCUUAGAGAAGAGAAAAAGCAAGAAAUUAGUGUUUCAUCAUUCAAUAUGGGAAAAGAACCAGAGGUAGAAGUUGAAAAUAGCUCAGACUCUUCAGACAAAAGUCCUUUUUGACAACAACUUGAAGGGUCUCUUCCUCCAAGUCAGUUAGGCACUUUUGUUAAGCCUGUUUACGAACUAGGUUUACAUGAUAAGCUUGCGAUUCUCUUUUCAACCGUUUUAUGUAAAAACAAUCACUUGGACUCUGCUCUAAAAGUGAUAGAGCAAUAUGCCUUGGAUUGAUCGAUUAACAAAUUAUCGCAUGCAAAUGCAGUGAAAAUCAAGACAAUUUUGAUGCUAGAGGACGAAAGCGAGUCCUUUAUCAACAUCAAAGCUUGCUGAGAUUUGGCUCUAAAGAAAUUUUCAAGAGUAAAAUCAAUACUGGGUUGAGCAAUUUGCCAUCUUCUCCAAAUCAUCAUCCUGACACAAAAUAUUCGUUCGCCUUAUGAAGAGUCUGACGAUGGAGAGAACGAGGAUCAGGGAAUAAAAAUUGACAAGAAUAACCCAGAAACUACUGACUACCAUUACGACAACUUUUAUAAAAGAAUGUACCAGUUAUUGAGGAUCAAGAAUUCUGGUAAAACUUCUGAUUCAUACAAGAAAAUUGUGCUAAAUGUAAAGGACUUUGAGAACCAGACCUCCACCACCCUGUUUGAUGUCACAGGGGAUGACUGCUUAAUCCGCAAGUUUAUCCUGACCCCAAUCCUCAACACAAAGGAUGAAAAGAUGAAUGAGUUUCAAUUAGAGAAAAUAGAUGACGCAAAGAUUACUCAGUUGAUUCAAAGACUUAAGCAGAAAGAAAUUGAAAGAACUUGUGUUAACAAGAUCCAGAAGAAAUACUACUCGAAGAAGGUCGAAAUACCCCAAAGCCCUCUCUUGAUUGAGGAAGGCAAACGUAAUGGCUCAGAGAAGAUCUAUUCAGGAGGGUUCUUGAAUUCAGUGUCUUCCACACCAAAAGUGGUUGAAAAAGAUUCAAAAACUCGACUGCAUAAGUAUAGAAGAGAAAGCGACCAGAGGGACAAUUAUAACUCUGGCACUCAUUUAUUCCAGAUUAAGCACGACAGACUCCAGCAGUUAAAAUAGCAAUUCUGAUAUUUUUAAGCAAAGUCCUGUGAGCAAAUUUAAUGCUAAAUAUUCUCAGAUGAAGAUCCCUCAGAGCAUCGGAAAAAUUGUCCCAAUGGGGUACUCUCCAUUUGUAAGAUCAGACAAAAAGAAUUUCAAGUCUCCAGGAAUGGGAGGGAAAGUGAACAAGACCCAAGCGAUUAUAGUACCAAGGACAAAAUAAGUCUAAAAUUACAAAACAAAGAUGUAGGAGCAGAGCUCAUAGGGCUAAUAAAACCACUCAUCCUCUUAGAGUAAAGGGUUCGAAGUCCUAUGUUAGUCCGAUGAGGAAAAACUCUCCAAUAUACAAAUGCUCUAGGACAAGGUCACCUUUAAAUUCUAAAGGAUCGUAUGAUAAGAAGACUUAUUUCAGAGAGAAUAUAGAGCAUCCAGAUCACGCAUAUAACCAAGCUAGAUAUAUUUCAGGGGAUAAGUAUCCUGUCAGAAUAUGUAAGAGCAGUCAGAAAAUGAAGAAAAUACCCAUGUAUUCUUUAUACAGUCCACCUAUUUCAAAACAUAACUACAAAUACGACACCAUUUUAGAAUAAAACCAACUUAAAAAUUAGGC